AGGCAGGCACAGCCUCAGCGCAGGGAGCGAGGCUGCCGGAGACAGGCGGGGGGAGGCGGCCAGGCGCCCCGUCCGCUCCGGAGGAGGCCGGCCCGGCGCGGGGGCGAGCGGCGGGGGCCGGGGGGAGUGAGCGUGCCUGAGGAGAGAGGAACACAAGAGAGGAGAGACAAUUGAACAUCACCAUUGGCCAAGACCUGAAAAAAUGGUGCUGGAUGAACAGAGGAUUAGAACUUAAUUGUAAAAGGGAAAUAAAGUCUUGGCAGGCGAUUUGCUUCAUUUAUCAUGGCCCAAAUCCUCUGGCUGGCUGGUUAAUGGGACUGUCCAACGCUUCCUGCUUAGGUUGAGUGCAGAUCCCCUCUGCCUACAGAUUGAAAGACCUGGGAUCAGGUGGGAACAGGAUGGUGCCCAAUACGGGAAUGGAAAGAGAAAUGGACUCUGACGAGCUAAGAUGGAAGUGACUUGACAGCUCCAAGCUCAGCAGUUGUCUCCAGUAAGGACAGGUUAAGACGGGAAUCUCAAGCUUCGCUGGGAGAGCAGUAUGCAGGAAGCUGGUUUUCAGGCCACGAAUGCUUUCACAGAGUGCAAAUUCACCUGCGCCAGUGGUAAAUGCUUGUAUCUUGGUUCAUUGAUUUGUAACCAACAGAAUGACUGUGGGGAUAACAGUGAUGAAGAGAACUGUCUGCUUGUAACAGAGCAUCCACCUCCAGGCAUCUUUAGCUCUGAACUGGAGUUUGUUCAAAUCAUCAUUAUAAUUGUAGUUAUAACUGUUAUGGUGGUAGUGAUCAUCUGCUUGUUGAACCAUUACAAACUCUCGACACGCUCCUUUAUCAACCGACAGAGCCAAAGCAGAAGACAGGAAGAAACUUUGCAGACAGAAGGGUGCUUGUGGCCUUCAGAAAGCUCGGUUUCGCGCCAGGGUGCUUCAGAGAUCAUGUAUGCGCCAAGGUCCAGGGACAGGUUUACCACCCCGUCUUUUAUGCAGCGGGACCGUUUCAGUCGCUUCCAGCCCACUUACCCUUACAUGCAGCAUGAGAUUGACCUCCCUCCAACCAUCUCCCUCUCCGAUGGGGAAGAGCCACCGCCGUACCAAGGCCCGUGCACCCUGCAGCUCCGGGACCCAGAACAGCAGAUGGAGCUCAACCGGGAAUCUGUCAGGGCACCGCCCAACCGAACCAUUUUUGAUAGCGACUUGAUAGACAUCUCAAUGUACAAUGGGGGCCCCUGCCCACCCAGCAGCAAUUCGGGCAUAAGUGCAACCAACUAUAGCAGUAACGGAAGGAUGGAAGGACCACCCCCGACAUACAGUGAGGUCAUGGGGCAUUACCCAGGCUCCUCUUUUUUCCAUCACCAGCACAACAACGUGCCUCCUUCCUCACAGAGGGGGAGCAGACUUCAGUUUCAGCAGAACAAUUCAGAGAGCACAAUAGUCCCCAGCAAAGGCCAAGACCGUAAACCAGGAAACCUGGUCUAAGUUACUCGCCCAGGUGCAUUUGAACUGAAGAGGAGAGGUUCAUGCAGGGCAGUGGAGGAAGACCCCCCCCAUGCUCCAGUGCACAAUGUUGUUACGUUUCACGUGGUACAACUUAGUAAAACCAAACGUGCAAACCAGUUCUUUGUUUCUGAUUCCUUUCAGGGGAAUUGCAUGCAAAGCAGAUUGAAAGAAAUACAAACUUCCAUUCAGUUUGUCUGCGAGCAGUGUUUCAGGGGAGAGGGGGGAUAUAUUAUUUUUUUUUAAUAAACUAUUUCAAUUAUUUAAUUCUAAAAGUUAACUUAGCACAGAAAUGGCUUGUACAGCCUGUUUUAUACUCACUGAAUGGCAGAAGGAAGAAGGUGGUUUUGCUAGAUAAAUGGGGGAAGAAUUGGCUAGUUUGCUUUUUUUUUUCUCCCAGGGUAUGGAUUUUUUUUUUAAUAUGAAACAAAAUUCCUGUUUUGUGUGCCAAGGUAUAAAGUUGAGAACUUAGAUGAAUGCAAGGAAUUAAUUUGUGUUGUGAUAAAUGUGUUCUAAAAAGUUGCACUAUCUUAAUGUUUUAAAAAAAUAUAUAUGAGGGAACUCUUUUAUGUGAAGUUCUUCUAUAUGUCGUCUUUUGACCUGUGGAAUAAUGAUAGAGCCCCAGAAGUAAUCUGGAGGAGUUUGCCCCCUUCCCCCCAGGUUUGCUAGAAAAAGGGGACAGGACUUAGCCUAACAUCUCUUGGCUUUUACAAAUCAAGAAAUUACAGGGACGCUUGUCUUUGCAAUAAUUUGCAUUCGAAUAACAGUGCAUCAGUGAAGUGUCUUGGAGACUUUUGGAUGGAAGAAGGCAAAUAUGAAAUCCCAGCACUUUCCAUCACUUAGGUUUUAGCUGAUUUUUAGUGUAGACUAUUUGUUUUGUAAAUGGCAAAACAAAAUCCCAGAUGUGUUAAUUUGUAUUGAUGCUAAGUGCUGCCAUUCUUUUGUUUUCAUAAUGCAGCAUCACCAGUACUUACAGUUUUAGAGACUUUUGUCCUCGCUGUAGCCUGAAAUGUAUUUAGACACACAUAUCAUGACAUUAUGCAAUAAAUUGUGUAAAAAUGCAAGAUGGGUUUUUUCCCCUGCAGUGCUGUUCAAAUACGUGAGACACUGUUGUGCUUUUCGCUCUCUGUUUCAUCCUUCAGAUACUGAAGUUCAGUCCUGGAGAUCCAUCUUGUUGAAGUGAAGGGGCUGUUGUAGCUGUAGCCCCCCCCCAUGCUUUCUCUGCAGCAGGACCGAGAGCGCUUGUGACAGUGGUGCUGGCUUCUGUGGCGUCCCUGGCAGUGACACGGGAGCACCAGUUAUGCUCACUGCGAAGCAUUUUGCUCUGGGCCCUGUUGCAGAAACCCUCCUCCAUGCCCGUCAUCCGGCUGAUGCCAGCAGGACUACACUCAUGGGUAAAGAUGACUCACAUAGUAACCAAGUGUCUGUAAGCCCUGGUUUUGCCGUGCUGGUCUUCAGAGUAGCUGGAAAAUGUUACCUGCCUGUAAAGUGGCAUGUGGGGUGUUUCUUCCCUGGCUGGUUCUGUGUGGAAGCACAUGCAGUGCUGGAAGGCAGUUGACGAAUGGUGGUAGUGGCAUCACAAGCACAUGAAAAAGCACAACUUGCACUUAAAAUGCAUUUCGGAAACCGACUUAAAAGUAAGAACCUUUGGAGUCUUAGCUUGAAUAGUCUCUAAUAUAUAUGUGUAUGAGUGUGUCAUAGACCUGUUCACUUCAAGUUCUUUCACUUUUUUCUAUUUUCUUAAGCCUUGUGCUUGGUUAGGGGCAGCAGCCACUGAGUGCCGUGCCCUAGCGCCUGGUCCCAUGGCCGGAGGAUUUCUGCAGGACUUCUGUACACCAGGGGCUCUGAUAACUGAAGUGUAUCUUUGAUCUAUGCAGAGUUUUAAUGCCAAAACAGUGUGCAUGUCUGUGUGUGUGUUUUAUGGGCCUCAGUGUAGAUUAUUUUCUCCAUAAGGUAGUUUGAUUUUAUUCUAGUUUAGAAAUCGUUUAUGUAACUGUUAGUCUGAAUAUGCAGCCCCAUUUGUCUCUGUAAUUGUUUUUUGGUCUGAGUCGUGCUGGUAAUGCAGAGUAAAGCUGCCUUUUAAUUUAUGUAUUAUUUGAAGGGAGAGAGAGAGAUUGUAUGAUGGGUUUUACUCCCCCCACCCCCCUCCCUGACCCACAGGACAGGUGUUUAGGAGAUGACUAGGUGGCUGUCAGUCAGCUAGGGCUCUCAUCAUGUCUGGUUCCUGGGAAUAAAAGCUGUGAAAUUAGAUUUUUGCAAAUAACCUAUGAACAUAAUUCUUAGUUAAAAAGCAAACAAACAAACCCAAACAAGAGAAAACCAGCAAAUGUUGGGUUUGGUCUUCAGUGACUUUUAUUGUCCUUCAGAAGUGAGCUUGUAAGCCAGAGAAUGCACGUGCCUAUACAGAUACUGUGCUUUUGCCUAAACGAGGAUUAUGUAGCUGAGAAGCCGUCAUGUGAGAACAGCUGGAACUCGGUCGUCAUGGCAGAGCACACCUGGACUGGGCCCUGGGCUUGGACCGGUUGAGUACCAACUUCUCCCCAUGCACAGAUCUCAGCGAAGUGAGCCUUGAAGUUGCCUUGGAAGUCACCUCUUGGGAACAUGCUUUCUUUGAAGACGGCCCUUCGCCAUCUUUUGCCAUCUUUGCAUGCCAGUAGAUUUAUGCAUUUCCCAUUAACGUUGUCUGGUAUGAUAUGUGCAUUGUUGUCUCUUAAUUUUUCAUGAUUGAGGAAGUUUUCCUUUGCGUGGAAAACGUAACCUGUUAAGAGUUCUGUGGAAGAGAUUUGUUUAACAAGAACUUAGUAUUUGCUCACCUAAUGGUUGCGUUUCCUUGUGCAUCUUCGCCUUCUCAUCAUAUUCUGCUGUGUGCAAAGCUAAUGUGCAGCCAGUGUACCUGUCAGCUCUGAAAGUGUAGUCAUCUGUUGCUUGCUAUAGGUGAGUUUGCAAUCUGCUACUUUUGUUUCAGGGCCUCUUAAAGGAGUAAAUAUGGUAUUUACUUUUGUUUUGGAGCCCCUUAUAGGAGUAAACAUGGUAUUUUCUGAUGAGUAUUAGUCAUCUCCGAUGGGAGUGCCGUCAGUAUGUUGCAACAGUGUGUGUUUUUCUUUUGUUGCGGUGAAAGAGAAUAUACCAUGGCUAACAGAACAGAAUGGUAAAAGAAGGAAUAUCAGAAUUAGAUAGCACUGUUGAUCUUUGCGGGCUUAGAAAUUGGCGAUCUCUGAAGGUAGGUAAUUCUAUAAAGCACUUACGGAAAACUCCCUUUGAAAAUAGCCAGAAUUGAUGAACUGUAUUCCACAGCCACUCAAAUGAAGCUUUUUAAAUUAUAAAAGAUUUCUGAAAACAUUGUAGAUUUAAUCAUGUGGAUUAUACCUCAGUAGUGGGGUUUUGGUUUAUGCAUAUUGUGCACAAAACCCACAUAAUACAUGCGUGGAACUUUCUGUGCGAUGGAUCGUAUUAGCCUGAGUUCUGGUUGCACCUCCUGACCUUUGCCCAGUAACCCAUCUUCCCAAAAUUCAGUCCAGUGGUGUCCCCGUUUUAGAAAUAUUCAGGUUAAAAGUGGAGGGUUUUUUUAAGUGUACCUUUAAGAAAUAAAGCAGCGUUAUUAUUGUUGUUAUUAUCAUCUUUCUGCAAAGGUUAAUUUUUCCCUUAUGUGGUUUGGCAUGGAUCCCUUCUUGGUGCUAAAUAUGCCCGAUCUUUGGUGUUCUCCUGUGAUCUUGUAGGGCUAGAAAGAAAGUUUCUCGAUGGAGCACUCAGCUCUACUUCUGGAUGUAUGUUUAGCCUGAUAGUGGUUGGGUUCAUCUCAGUGCUGUACAAAUAGGCUCUGUGUAUGUGACACUGCUUGAAAGAUGUGAGUGAGGGAUAUGAAGACUGGUACCCACUCUAUGGAGCAGUGUUCAGAUCCCUCAUGGUAUUUUGCGUUACAGGUGGGUUUUGUCAGGGAGGACCUACUUAAGCUACUCCUAGUGUUGUCACUGAUGAACUCUGCACUUAACCCAGUCUCGGUCUGAUGUGACUUUAUUACAGUAUACUUUCCCCUUUUGAGUAUGAAAACUCAGAUGCGUGCCCCAUAUGCGAGUUCUUGAUCGUUAGUGAGGAAGGUAUUUAGUUCCUGCGUUUAUGGAAUCUGCAGGAACCGUGGGUCAAGCUGUGCUUCAUUUGGCUUUUUAUUAUUGUUUGCCCACGUCUCCCACCAGUUUGUCCCAGCUGGAAGCUGCUCCUGUUACCCCAAAUCUCUGAAUUUUUGUGGUGCAGAAAUAUAUGUAUAUGUAUAUGUAUAUAAAAGUGUUGCUGAGAUUGAUGAUUUUUUUUUUUCUUCCUGUUAAUGUGGUUCAGGGAAGGGCAAGGAGUAAAUGACAUUGUUUCUGGAAGAGUGCACUUUUGUUUGCAACAGGGAAGAAAGCCUUGUCCUGCUGGAGAGUCCUGUGCAUGGGCUGUCUGGAACAGUGCUGUCUCAAGUGGGUGGUUGUAACCCUGCCAGGUAGUGAGAUACUGGAUCUUAAAACUGACAUCCUGAUCUGUAAGGAAUGCUUGAAUGUUUUGGAGAAGAUAGAUUACUAACCUUUCUCUUGACUCUGAGCCCUGAACGCUUGUGGUAACUAAGGUAACCUUAUUUCAUAGGCAAAGGGAAAGAAAAUAAUGUGCUGGUGAAAACAGAUAUGCUCCAAAAUUGUUCUUUGCUUUCCCCCCUCCCUUCCCCCAAGGCUGAACAGUAGGCUUGCUGGUACGUUUGAAGGUGUUUAGGGUUAUUCACAAGUUGUCUCUGGUCAUUACAGUUAAGUCAUGUCCAUGCACAUGUGUGUAUACAUACCUGCAUGCAAACUUCUGCCUGUAUCCUACCCCUCGAUCAUUUAUAUAUUAGUUACUAUUCCACAGUCACCUUCUGGAAGUGCUAAAUGCCUAUAUAUUGUGCUCUCAGGAACAGUGACAGGUCAUUUAUCAAACAGCUGGAUGCACGAGGAAUAUUUGCUUUUCAGUCAUGUAAAUGUUGUGGCCCUGCUUUUAUCAGUAGGGAGUUCCUUGCUUCGCAAAUCCUUGCCCCUGACUUGGUGCGCUAGUGCAUGUUCCAUCCAACAGCAGUCUCCUUUUGGGUGAGCUUUGAAAAAUCCUUGUGCUUUUGGGACGACCCUAACUUAUUGAUGUACAGGAAGGAAAUGUACUUCUUGUACUCUAGAUCUCAGAAGUGUGUUUUUUCAGACCUAGCUGAUGCUGAGAACCUAGUGAUGCAUUUGUACAGUGGGUUCAGAUGAAGGCUAGCUUUUGAUUACAUCUUUGCUUUUUAGAUAAAGGCUGUUCCAAAUAAUUCAAUUACACACAUCUGGUCUUUUCCCACACUGUGUUGUGUGCUUGCCAACAAGUGUGACUAACAGCUUUUCUCCUGAAGUAGCCCCAAAUGUUUCAAUUUUUUAAGUCCCUGGAAGGAGGCAUGCUCUUAAUUGUCUGAGACCUGUUGAAGCCUUGCAGAGCAUGGAAAAGUCCUUUGUGAGGGUGUGUUGAACUUGCAGAGGUUUCCCGUCUGAAGACUGUUGUGAAUGUUUCUUUAGGAAAUUGAAGUUUAAAGUUUUGAGUGUCCCAACUGAAAAUGUGGGUUGGUAAGAUUCCACCACCACCCCCGGCCCCCCUUACUUAAUGUAUUGUUUGCCAGCCUGUGCUCAUUAAUUAGGGGUGUAAAUUGCCUUUUGACCCACCUCCGACUGCCGUUGCUAUGCUGGCAAAAGCCCCAUCGGGCACAUUUGCAGCGGCAAAGAAGAGUCAUUUUCUUGGUGUGGCUCCACUUGGGGAAUUAGCAGAAGCUGCACCAAGUUCAGCCUCCAAAACCAGCAUCAGACCUGCACUGCCCCUUCCCAGCACACUCCAGUGUGGGUGAUGGCUCAGUUUCAGUUAAGUGCUUUUACCACACUACUAAGUACCACAGACAUCCAGUGGAGGAGUCUGCGGGUGUUUCCUUGAAAUUGCAACUGUUUGCAUUAAAUAUAUUCCAGGACUGAUAAUGCCGGUUUUGUAACCACUGACUACGUUUCUCCUGCUUUCGAAAGGGAAAACCAAGCACGAUUUUGUAUUGAGAAGUGUGCAAACUCUCCUGGCUCGCUCUUCUGCCUUGCUGUUGUCUCUUCCAUUUUUAGACCGAAUACAAGCAACCCGGGUAUUGCUAGCAUCACUUUCCUGCUAUAAGAGAGCUUACCUUUUUUGUUGGUUAACAAUAAAAAAACAAACUUGUAACCUAGAUAUUUCCCUCUUCCCUCUGACAGCCGUGUGAUUUACUGCCAGAGAUGACUCUGUCAUUUCUUUGCUAUAUUGCUGCUGCUGCUGCUGUUUUAAAUGGUUUGAUAUACGAGCUUUCUGAAACAACGUGGUGUGUGUAGGAUUUCGUGGCUGAUGAAGCUGUCUCUUUUCUUCUUCCUUUCGCUCCUUGGUUUGUGCUUGUCUGUCCGCCGUGGUAGGUUUAUUAAUAAAUUAUAUAUGUCCGUAUUAGAUAUAAUUUUUUAGGAGGUUUGCAUGUCGGUAGUUUGUAAGCAACUAAGGUGCCUCAUGUUCAGGUCUGAGCAGAUAGGAAUCCCCUUGCACUCGAGAGGGCCUGAUCCAAAGCCCGAUGAAGUUGGUAGGAGGACUGUUGCCAACCUCAGGGGGCUUUGGAUCAGGCCUUACGCUCCCACCUUUGUUGUGCCUCACUUAAAAUGGUGCUUUUUCAGUUGUCUGUCUUUUUUUUUCUGGUUUGUUUGGGUUUUUUUUCUUUGUAUGGUGCUGUGUAUAACUUGAAUAUAUUAUGCACAUAUCCUACCCAAUGGGUAGAACAAACAAACAUACAAAAACAAAUAGAUGUUGUUAAUACUGUAAGAUAAUGUAUAGAUGAUACCAAUUUUAACACAAAAAAGAAAAUGGCAUAGACUUUGUGAAUGCCAACUUCUGUGCUUGGUCCUUUUUUGUAAGAAAAUUUCCAAAUGAAUGCACACAAAUGACAAAAAGUCUAUGUAUUUUAUUUUCCUAUUAAAUAUCAAUAUAAUAUCAUAAGGGAAAAAGUUUGAACAAAUCCUUUUUGAAUAGCCUGUGUAUAGUGAUUGGUCGUUUGAUGCAUCUUUGCUGUGAAGGUUUGUUUUUUUUUUUUUUAGAUCUGUCACUUUAAGAAAAAGGAAAAAACACAAAACAAACAAAACCUCCACAGCUUUAACCUUGCAACUAGAUGCUUCUCAUAUUGGUUGCUGCCUCACUAUUGCCGAGUUAGACCAGUAUUAGUUAUUACUUCUCCAGCAGAUACGUUAUUUAUUAUUAUCCUUGAUUAACUUUUUGUUAUAUUAAAAAAAAAAAAACAAACAACUUAGAAAUGGGCUAAAAGCUUUCAAAUCUUUUUAUCCGCAUCCUAGAUUUGAAGUGAAGCUCAGACAAGUGGGAACUGACCCAAACCAUCCCUGCAAAAUCAGAACUAGGCCAACGAGAGUUUUGUGACAACAGCCAGCCCUUGCUCUGUGCCCACUACUGGCGUGCAAUCCUGCCACUGCAAACUGGCUUAAGGCUGGGUGUGCAGCUGGGACUCGCUGCUGACCUGUGCGGCUGCAGGGUGCAAGGCUUAAGGGUAGGCAGGAAAAGCCGCAGCUGGUAGCGAGCUGAACGCAGGGUUUGAGCGUGAGCUUUUGAGUCAGCAGCGCUGCUGCUGCGUUGGCCUCUGACAGCAAUGGCUUACCCUGGGUUCGUAUUGAAGAUUAUGGAGAAACACCUAAACCUGUUCAGACCCAACACGGGAAGCGGUGUGGAAAGUAAUGAAAUGCGUGAACUUUCUGCCAGGUUCCCUGGGCAGUUUGGUUCUCCCUGGUGUCUCCGCGCGUUUGGCUGUCUGUCCCCGUGCCCCGCAUGCCGUCGGUAUGGGCUCUUUGGUAAAGCAAAUACCUCAGGAAAACUCACCAUGAAGUUCUAGUGUAGAGACUUGCAGAUGCUGUACUUAUUUUUCUAAACUGUUUGUUCUAACUAUCCCAGGACGGUAGGUGAUAUAAAAGUUUAUUGGUCCCAGACAGACUAGUCCUCUCACAGAUGGAUACCGACUAAUCUUCCAUAGAUUCUCAUGUCUGUAUGUAGCUUUUUUAUACUUGUUAGGCUUUAACCACAGAUGUAAGGUAGCAGCGUGUUGGGAUAUGUUUGAGAUGGCGUUUCGGUUUAGUUUUUCAGAUGACUAGCUAAACGUUAUGCUAAAACUCAGGGGGCCUUAUCCAGGGCCCAGUGAAGUCAGUGGGGAGGCUUCCUCUGGUGUGAGUGGGCUUUCCAUCUGGUCCGUCACGCUGGAGGAUGGUGCCCUGGGAGCACAGUCCUUCACGACUUCUCUGCCGACCUGAAACUUCAGCUACUCGUUUGUAAAUAUCUUUUAAAAAGCCCUCACAGGAGUCCUGUACCCGAAUGUUGAUCAUGGUUGUUUUGGGUUCUUUUGUUUUAAAGAAGUGUGUAAGUUUUUUAUGGCCAGUUCUGCAUCAUCAAGCCCUUACAGGUAGCUUGUAUCCAUCCCUCUAUGUAUCGAGCUCUUUUAUCAGUAAGCAUGUACCAUAGGGAAAUGCGCAUAUUUCAUGACUGUCACUCGUUAACUCAUUUAUUGUUUGUCAGGGCAUAGGGUAAUUGUUGUGGAAGUACACCUUGCCUGGCCACCUUCGUGUUUUUGUUUGCACUGCAGUACCACUUCUGUGCAUGAAGGAAGGAAAACAAAAAACCGCAGGCCUUGACUAGGAAGACUGUACAGAGCAAACCUCCCACCGGAGGAAUCUAGGGUAGGAUUUAUCACAACAAAACUUGCAUAUUGAGUGGACCAAACACGAGCAUGUCUCCUUUUAGAGGCACUAAUUUGCUUUGAAGCUGCAGUGGAAAGAGCAGACUAUCUAUUAAGUGUAUUCACAGCUGUGUUCACGCUUUUCCGUUUACCACAAAGCACAGCAGGCAGCCAAGAUUUUAAAAGAAGUGUAAGCAGAAGUUAUGAGAGCCUCGGGCAUCGUAGACCCGGACAGCAAAAAUAAUAAUAAUAAAAAAAUCACCUUAAUAUUCUUUAACAAAGCUUUUCUACUUGCCAUACAAAGACUACAUAAGCAUUGAUAGGGGUUUUAUCUUUGUAUAGCUAUCAGCUGCCCAUUGCUGCUGUGCUCAGAGCAUUUCAUGAUGGUAUGCACAUCAGUCAGGCUGUUACACUUAAAAUUAACCAUCAAAUGCCUGGUUUUAGAGUGUUGACCCUUUCUUUGUUGUUUCUUGCUAGUUAUUUUACAGUGUAAAAUGCUUUAUUGCGCUAUGGAUUUUUUUGUAUUUCCAACAUUGUGGUUUUCGAGAUCAUGUUUCCAGCACCUCUUAUUUUUGUCCAUUUUGUUUCAAGCUAUUCUGAAAUAUGUACAGCACUAUCAACAAUAUUUAAUCUUUCUUUUAAACUUUAUUGUUGUAAAAACAAAGCUAUUGAAAACAGUAAGUCUUUACAACUGUAUUGGAGUUUCUCAGUAGCUGUUCACGUGAUGCUAUGACAAACCUGGCUUGCUUUAAUUUUUUUAAAAGAAUUAUUUUCCUUUUAACACGAUUAAUUUGUUGCUUAUUUUCCACCGUAACUCCCAAUUAUAUACAUGAGAAGAUUUCAGCUGUUGUGUAUCUGACUUUUAAUUGAGCAAAUGGUGAUGUCCUAGUUUUUAGACCUAAGGUCUGUUUAUUGCAAUACUUUUAAAGGAAGAUGUUGCUCUAAGUGCUGUUGUUAGUUUUAAAUACAGAUUUUAUGCUUGUUCUUAAUAUGCUGUGGUUAAACCAUGGCACAAAAUUAUUAAAAAUCAUGAAAUGCA